CUCGUGAGCACAUUCCUUUCGGCAGGUGAGUUGAGCUUUCGAGGAUACUCUCCUUCUUGUAGGUUAUUUACAUGCUUAAAUUAGUAUUUGUACCUUCCUUUUUUGCAGUGAUUGAGUUUUCUCUUAACCUGUUCAGCAUGUUGUAUCUUGAUGCCAUUGGCAUUAUGCGUCAGAAUGAUUACCUAAAAGAAGGUCAUGCUUCAAUCCUGAUUUUAGUUUACGCGGAUGAUGUCAUUGCAGUCAUGUGGACUUUAAGCCUGCAUUGUUGAGGCAGUAUAUUCAGAUGAUUGCGGUCGUUAUCUUUUAUGACCUAUGAAAUUUGGUUUCUUAGUAAGCUUCUGUUCUUGUACGUGAGGAAUACACAAGAACAAUGAGUAAAAAAUAACAGAAAAAGCAACGACAAUCUUGUUACACUACCCUAACUUCAUGAGGGCGUAGCGUGUAGCGUGUCAAUUAUAUUUAAACUGGAAAGUGAGUUGCUGUUGCUAUUUUGUUGGUUGUCCCAUGUGCGCUGUGAAUGAUGGUCUUCUCCAAAUUACUCUGCCCCUCCAGCUAACUAGAGGCUUCAGUAGCAGUUAUUACGUUUUAGAGGGGUCACUGAAGGCUGUAUGGACUGUGGAUUCUGUAGUUACUGUUGUCACCUCAAAGAAAUCAACUGUUGUAUUCUUUCAAUAGAAGUUUUUGACGUACGAUGUUUGCCUUGACAAAGUCUACCAUUCGAGGCUAUGGGUAUCAUGGUGAGCAGUAGCUCAUUGUGCUUGUUGAUUGAACAUCCAGGGGAAAGAAGAAAUUGACUGGAACCGCAAGAUAUGCAAGCAGGAACACUCAUCUUGGCAUUGAGCAAAGUCGGAGGGAUGAUCUAGAGUCUCUUGGUUAUGUUCUUAUGUAUUUCCUAAGAGGAAGUCUCCCUUGGCAGGGAUUGAAAGCAGGAACCGAGGAAGAAAAGAGUGAGAAGAUUAGUGAGAAAAAGGCUUCUACCUCAGUUGAGGCUCUUUGUCGUGGUUAUCCGACAGAAUUUGCAUCCUAUCUUCAUAUUUGCCGUUCACUGCGAUUUCGUGAUAAGCCAAAUUAUUGUUACUUAAAGAGACUAUUCCGUGACCUCUUCAUCCGCGAAGGUUUCCAGUUUGAUUAUGUAUUUGAUUGGACUGUACUGGAAUAUCAGCAGUCUCAAAUGGCAACACCCCCAUCUCGUGCACUGCCUCUUCCAUUUCUACAAUUCAUAUCAGCAAUUCCAGCAUCAAGAAGCUCGGUCCUGGUCUUCGCAUCACAAUGUGCUACCCGGCAUAGUGAUGUGCAUAUGCAUCAUCCAGAGUAGCAUGGCCCUCCUUCAGCGGCAAUCUGACUAAGUCAACGUCGUCCGAGUCCAAGGCCCGAUGAAUUCUCUUCACAUGCUUAUCAGGAAGGUUUAUCCAUUCAGGAAUGUUCAGGCCAAGUUCCAAGCGGCAAUUAAUGACUUGUUGAAUGAUCAUUUAUAUCUGUUAUCACCGGACGUAGAUUUCUUUAUCGUAGUUUUCUCUGCCAAUUUCUUUUUCUAACUACUGCAGCACUACUGAGCAUUUCAACAGUAGACAAGGUGUCUUCAGGCACAUCAUCGUAUUGAAGGAGGAGGGAUGUCGACCAAACAUUUGUCCUCAUGUAAUGACAUCAAGUAGGAAGGGAAC